AUGAUCCACACAACGUCGGAAUCAGAUGUGACGAGUUUAGGCGGAAGCACAUCGUCGUCAUCGGCGUCGCCAAAACAACAUCCGGCGACGACGUCGUAUUACUAUGUUCAGAGUCCAUCUCGUGAUUCACAUGACGAUGUGGAUAACAAAUCGUCGAUCAACAGUCAAACAACUCCGACUUACACUUCGCCGAUGGAAUCGCCGUCGCAUCCUUCUCAAUCACGGCCGUCGUCCGCCGCUAGUAGGAUUUCUGGACCUUAUCGUGCGAUUUCGUUAGGUGGAAAGCACCAUAACCACCAUAUAUUUAGGAAGAAGCAUCAUCAUCAUCAUAAAGGAUGGCCGCCGUUGUUCAGCGUGAUUGAUGAGGAAGAUGGAGGUUAUUCCGAUGAGGAUUUCCAUGGUGAUGAACUGUUCAUGAGACGGUGUCGUAUUACUCUGGUUUUGAUGGGGUUUCUCAUGAUUUUUUCUGCUGCUUGUUUCAUCACUUGGGGUGCGAGUAGACCUUACAGACUUCAACUUCAAAUGAAGAGUUGGAGGGUAAACAAUUUCUAUUACGGAGAAGGAUUAGAUGUGACAGGAGUUCCAACCAAAUUGUUGACGGUAAACUGUACUGUAAAGAUGAAUAUACAGAACCCUGCUACGUUUUUCGGUAUCCAUGUCUCCUCUACUUCUUUGAACCUCUUCUAUUCGCAAGUCAUGGUCGGAACUGGUCAAUUUAUGAAGUAUUAUCAACCGAAGAAAAGCCAAAGGACGGUGUGGGUGAACCUUGAAGGUCGUAGGGUUCCUCUGUAUGGAGCCGGAGCAGCGUUGGUCAUGUCAGACAGUAACGGCAAUGUUCCACUGAAGUUAGAAUUCGAGAUCCACUCACAUGCCAAUUUAGUGGGAAAAUUGGUGAAGACAAAACAUCGUCGCAAAGUUCUGUGUGUCAUGGAAGUUGACCCUCAGAAAAACGAUGUUAUUGAUUUUACGUCCAGUUCAUGUUCAUAUAACUGA